ACAAAUAGACCAAUAUAGAAAGCACAAAAAACACAUGUUGCUUAAAAGUAACCACAAAUAAUCAUAGCUGGCUAUUACAAUAUUCUAAAAGGAAUCAAACCACCUUUCUAAAACCAUUGAAAUUGAAUAACUUUGCAGAAUUUGUGGUCAAAACUCUUCCCUUCAAGUCUUGUCUUCUCUGAAUUCUGGUGAUCUAUUUGUUAGGUUCAUCAAAAAAUGGAUGGUGUCUCUGUCAAGGUUGAGCCUGAGGAGUUUAGGGGUCUAGAAUCUUCUCCUGUUGCUGUUGAUGGUGUUAGUUCUAACAUGGAUGAUGGGUCAAUGGUGAAUUUCUCAGCAAACAAGUCGAUGGCAGCAUCUCGAAUGAACGAGGCGUUUCCUAGUACAAAUCAGCUUACCAUCUUCUAUAACGGGAAUAUUUGUAUCUAUAACGGAAUUCCAGCAGAAAAGAUGCAAGAAAUAAUGCUCAUGGCUUCUGCUUCUGCCAAGUCUACGGAAACGAAGAAUAUUGUGAAACAGUCUCCUGUUCCUUCACCUAUGCCCUCAAGCCCCUCUUCUCCACUUGCCGCCACUGAUAAUGUUGCUUCAUCGCAGGCACUCUGCUUUCCUGCAAAGAAGAGUUCCGUCUGCAGGCUGCAAGAAUUUCCAAUAGCACGCAGACAUUCACUUCAAAGGUUUCUUGAGAAGCGGCGAGACAGGUUGGGUAGUAAAGCACCUUAUCCGUCUUCGCCGAUAACAAAGGUGGCUGACAACAUUGAGAACAACUUCUGCUCUGAGAAUUCGCCAGAUUCGGUUUCGUUGAAGGGGCCAAACGAAGAAUUUCAGCCAACUAUAUCUGCCUCUUGAGCAGAAUUCUAGUGUUGGUUGCUGUGUUUUGUCUGUAUGCAUGUAGAACUACUAUAUAAACUAAUGUAACUGUUAUUUUUCAUGUUCUGAAGACAUCACUACUGAACCUGAAAUUGUAAGAAGUGUGACUUGGAAGUUGCAUGUUUCUGGUCAUGUCUAGAAAGAAUGCUUUCUGCUUAGAUCACACAUUUGUAAUUGUUUUUCUUGUAUUUGACUGUUUGUAGACAACUAAUUAUCAUUGUGUUAAUGUUCGAAAAUAUACUUUUAUGAUA